UGUUGGCUUACCAGUUUGUGUGCAUUGGCCGUGAUGGUUUUAGCCGCUGUAAAAGCAAGCUUUUUUUUUUUUUCUCUCCAAGGGUUUAAACGACGUAUGUCAACCUUCAUUAAGAGCCCCUUAUUUCAAAACAAAUAAAGUUUAAAUAUCUAUAGACACUUAAUAAAGUUGUGUGUGUGUGUGUGUGUUGAACAAAAUGCGUUGUUUACAGAAGCCACCACUAGUUUGUAAAGAUGCAUCCACGCUGCUUGGGGCGCUGUGGACAAUCACUUGCAGUUAAGGGCUCCCUGCUCACCAGACGCAGAGACUGUGGAAGCGCGUCUGGAAACAGGCGAGGGGAUUCACAGCACAAGAGGCUGGCGUUCUGGAAGGACUGACCGAUUACCUCAAGCUUAGAUUCGGGCAGCCUGAGUCACAAGCAAGUGGCUAUAAUGGAUCUUGGUCCUUGGAUUAGCUGUGAGAAAACAGCAGUUCUCCAUGGAGGCUUUUUACUGGCAGAGAAGCAGUGCCGUCCCAAGGAGCUGUCUUCCCUGACUAAGUCAGACUGGGAAACGAUUGGUCAGCCUAUUGUCCGAGCCGUAGAGGAGAUUGGAUCUCCCAAGAGUGGAGCGAGUCAAGACAUCCUGGCUGGCCUUCAGUGGAGAAAGAAGAUCAUAGCCAUACUGUGGGCCAAGCUUCUUCACCCGGAGCUGGACGAGACUGGGUUCAACCAGGAUGUGGACAGAAGGUGGAAAGAAGAUCUGUUUUUCUCAGUGGAAAAUAUUCUCCCGAGCAUCAGCUAUGCCGUUCUGUUCGAGCUGGUGAAGUCUAUGGGGGCCUCAGAGUUAUUCGUUGAAUUCCUAUCUGCGCUGCCCGAGGAAGCAUCCCGCACGGAACUCUCAAAGCUAGCGGACCACGUUCUCGGGGACACCUGCGCAGAAGAUGUAAGAUUCUUCCUGGACGUGUGGUGGGAGUUGCUGAAAUACAAGGAAGGAGAGGAUCCGGUGGUUAUGGCAUUUGCUGCCCAGGCUGCCAGAUACAUCUGCAGGUCUUCCGAGGAGGUGUCUGCACAGCCGUCCAAGAGAUUCAAGCCCGACCCUGACUCUCCUCAGUCGUCUUGUGUGGUUUCUCUAUUUUUAGAUGGAAUAAACAAAAUGAAAGACCGUGUUAAUUCACUUCAGCUCCAGUGCUAUGCGCUGGCCAAUGCUUUAGACACCCUGUAUACAGUGUUCCUGCUGGACAGCCGUGCCGAGCUGCCUGUUGAGGUUUACCUGCAGAAUGUUUCCAGAGUGGUGGAAAUACGAGGCUACUACUGUGAAGAAAAGCUUGACAAGUGUGAGGUGAGGAGGAAGGCGGGCCUUGCCGAGAACGUCAGAGAGGCUGAAAGAGAAGUGGCAGCUGCCCACAAGCCUUCCAGAUUCAAACCCAGCAUAACACUGAUCCAGAGUUUGAAAGUGUUUAAAGAACUUAUCCAGGCGUGGGGGAACAAAGAGCAUAGCACGUCCAAACUCUCAGCUGAGGGAUGUAAUGGCUACGCGGUUUCCAGGCUGAAAAACUGCCUCCCUCGUGCCAGGAAAGCUUUGGAAGCUCUGCCCAUCUGGGACAGCCUGAGCGAAUGUGAUCAGCAAAUGGUGCGUGAGCUGAACCAGUCUCUGAGGGCUCUGCUGGAAGAGAUCCCUCUUCCGUCAUUGGAAACUGGUUCUGCAGAAGGCUCCGUGCUUGCACCUGUUGCCAUGGCAAUUAUUGAUCACCGACUGGAAAGGCAUCAGGAAGUGUGCUGUGUGUUUGCUUCGAACGUCAGCUGGGUCUUUCCUGGAGAUGAUUGGAUGGACUGUCUGGAGAAGAACGCAGAUGCCUUUAGGAAUCCGGAUCUCGUUUUGAAGUUGAGCGGGACGCUUCGGUCUGUUUCUUUCUCCAACGUGGGUCCGGAAGGACUGGCGAAGGUGAAGAAGCUGAAGGAAAUCCUUGUGGAUGUCUUUUCUGAGCUGCCGCUACCCCACAAAAACACAGUACUUGCAGGGAUACUGUCCUCCUGCGGCAGGAAAGGCUUGUGUACCACCUUUCCCAAAACCAUGACAGACUGCUUCGAGAAAGAGCUGAACUUGGCUUUCAACUGCAUCAUUCAAAGCGAAGCCCAGCACAGUCUCGACAGUGCGGUGGCCAGUAUUGCUCGAGUCACUUUGCAGAGCCCAGAAGCAGUGCUGCAAAGGGCAUGUCACCUUGCUGUAGUGAACCUUGGAGCUCACAAGCUACUGGCACAGAUCCUGAAGCGCCUACCCGGGUUGAGCUGCACUGGGGCCUCCAGCUCUGAGACCAGCUUGCUGGCGGAUUGUCUGAAGGAAGCUGCAUGGGGAAAGCUUUCCUCAUCCAAAGAGGAGGAUCAGUUCUUGGAUUUCCUCGACUCCCUGAUGGAGCCUUGCCAACCGCUUGGUGACGAGAUACCAACCCGCCUUCUGCAACCAGCAGAGGUCACCAAAGCAUUUGUGCUGCCCCACCUGACAGACAGCACGUCCAGCAUUGGGCUGUGUCUGCAGAUUCUUCACAGAGCUCUAGCACAGAAGCCCCAGGAAGGAGAGGAAGACUCUGAACACUGGAUAAUGACAUGCUCCCCUUUCCCUCUGAUUUACUCCCUAUGCCAGCUGUUGGAUAACUGUCCCAGGUGCUGGCAAGACCCCACGGAUAAUACCAUCAGGGUCCCCUUGGAAGUAAAAGACCUCUUGAGCGACACCCUUUCCGUGGUGUGCGACGUGGUUGGCAGCGUAGUGACAGCUUCUCCCAGCGUUUGGUCCAGGUCACUCUUCUGGCUCUACAACAAAGCGGGGACUCUGGACUGGACCGUACGCAUCCGGCUGAAGAGGGCGUGGGGGGACCAUUUCAAAAACGAGGUUCCACUGGCCAUGCUACUGGUUUGUGAUCUCUCGGAGCACGACUGGACUGGACUCAGUCUCCCAGAAUACGGUCCGGGAACCGGGCUCCUGGCUUGGAUGGAGUGUUGCUGUUUGUCCAGCUCCAUGCGGGAUCACAUGCUGGACAGCCUGGUGGUCAACGUGAAGAGUGCAGAGGAGGUCAACAUGUUCAGUAAAGGCUUCCUGGUGGCCCUGAUUCAGCUGCUGCCGUGGUGCACCACGACAGAAUGGAAACGGCUUGCCCACGUGACCGAGAGGCUCCUGCAAGGGGGCUGCCUUUACGUCCCCUACACUAUGGAGUACGUCGAUUUCAUGCCCUUGCUCAAUCUCCGAUCUUUCCGCUGCCACCUCCAGCUCUCCAUGCUGCUGCUAAGGGCGUUCCAGCUCCUCUGCAGCUCCAGUUGCUCCCACUGGCUGCCUCAUGAAGGCUGGGUGCACGUUGGGAGACUCUACGCUGGCUCUGUGAGGGAUAUCUUGGACUCUCUGAAAGGGAAACUGCCCCCGUCACGUUCCUCGAAAGACAGAGAGGACAGAUCCCCAAAAGAAGCGGCGAGAGAAGCCCCAGAUGCAGAGACGAGCCAGGAGGUGGUGUUCGUGCUGAUCCAGUUGUUCUGCCACCUCCUUCACGUGCUGGUAAUGAUGCCGGCUGACACAGGCGAGCCCCUCUACCUGGCAUCUCUGGAAACGCUUUCGCUAUACGAAGCCGUCCAGAAGGAUCACGGCGCGUCCUCGAGCUCUCUCGCCAGAGCGAACGCCAAGCACUUUCUGCAGUCCAUCGCGGAGAAUCUGCCCAACGAGGAGCAGCGCUCGACUGUGCUGCAAAAAAUAACCAGAUUAUGAACUCGAUCUGCCUGCGUCACAAACCAGUCCCAAGAACAGCGCUGUGAAACCAAUCUCCGAAUGACUACUCCUUCGGCUGGUUUUUACAGACCCCCCCGUUAGCACUAGCCUUGGACUACCUGCUGUUACUAUUGGUAAGGCAGUCCAAGGUUAGCGCCGAUCAGGUUCUGUGAAACCAGCUGUUUCAGUGAUCACAAAUGCCUUUUGCAUUUGUCUUGCAUUUAAUUUUCAUGUGAAUAAAGCAUGGUGUAAACUGCAGAGCGUGUUGUGUUGCACACCACACACACACACUGGUUUUGUGCUGUAAGUUUUCAUUGACGUACACUAUGCUGCAGCACAUUGGUUUUGUUAGAUGGGUUUAAAAUGUAAUCCUCCAUACGUCAGUUUUAACCAGCAACACCAUUAAACAAUUGCAGGUACUGUAGGAGGGAGUGUUUCAAUUUUGGUUUCCCGAUUGCUAACAAGGUUUGGUUAAGUAAGCUAGACAGAGUUUUGUAUCCCUCCCCACACAUCCAGAUUGCCAGUGGUUUGAAAAGGGCAAUAUUUAUUACAAAAUACAAGACAACAGAGAAAAUACCAGAUUAAAAGGCGUCAUCAAAUUUAUUUUUCUUUUGUGGUGUCUGGAUUCACAAAUUGCCAAUGCAAGAAAAAAAAAAUAUUAUUGUUAUUAUUAUUAUUAUUAAGUUAGUUACAUUAAUAACUCUCAAAUAACAGCCAGUCUCUUCAUCUGGGCACACAACAACAACUAAACACACAGAUUAUAGGAGAAACAAUAUAUUAUACAUUAUCAAAAAAUAACAAGUGACAACAAGUGUUUAAGGCUGCGAUUCCAUGGCAUGAACCUGAUGAAGCACGCUACGUUACCAAUACCUUCCCGGGGGUUACAGAACCAAAGAAAACGGGACGUUCUUGAAAAAGAGCAAAGACUCCGCACAACAUUCAUUCAAACACAAAACCAGCAACCUCGUUACACUAACGAAUAAACAGAAGAAAGCUUUUAAAAAAAAAAAAAAACUCCCAAUGUAAAUCCUGGUUUAGAGGAAGGGUGUGUUAGGGAAGUCUGCUCCACCUCCUGAUUGGAAUAACCCCCAGAAGAGAAUCACUCAAUGCCGUGGUUCUCACAGCUGGUCUGGACCCCCCUUCAGGUCUGGCGUGACACCGCUGCACAAAGCAAUUCAUAUAUUCUUGGAAUUCAUGUAAAUUUAAAACAUUUUAAAAAGAGUAAACAGGAAGUUUUAAGGAUAAUAAAGCCACAAUGUAUUGUGUUCUUCUUGGUCUGACAAUGGUUGUGAAACGUCUGUUAUAUAGAAGACCUGCUUCGAUGCAAUGCAGUCACGGCUGGUCUAUCAGUAUGUGGAUUUGUUAUCUAAAACCUGCACCCCUCCCCUCCCCUCCCCUCCCCUCCCUCCCAGGGGUCCCAACACAUCCGUUUAGAGAACCCUUGAUACAGUGGGCCUCAUUCACAUAGACACGUUUCAAAAAAUAUAUUUUUAAAGACUUUGUUUGUUUUUUUUUUUCAGAAAGGUUUUAAGUUCGGUUCAACGUUUCCUUGAAACUGGGAAUGGAUUUAUGGUAUAAACCCUCUCCUGAAACUGCUUAACCCUUUCACCCUUUCCCGUCUUUGUUCUACAAAGUGUUACUGUUAUACAAGUGAGUACAGACGGGUUUUGAGAUUUGAGGCCAAAUAUCGCUCAACUGCAAAUAUGCAAGUUAUUUUUCAACAUGUGGGUUUAGAGUUCUUAAAGAGUUAAAAAAAAGUCCUUAAAAAGCAUUCCUUUAAACACUCCUUAAGAGAUAUGUUUAUAAGGACUCAUUAUGUCUUCAUCAGAUUCCCUUGACAAAAUCACAGCCUUGCAGCACACUGACUGACAUCCACUAUUCUCUAUAUAUAUAGUAGAUUUAAAAAAUAUAUUCAAAAGGCACGGCAUAUGACUUCAGUUUACUGGCCAGAAUUCAUAUACAAUCUGGACACACAAAUGACACUAAUAUAUAUAUAUAUAUAUAUAUAUAUAUAUAUAUAUAUAUAUAUAUAUAUAUAUAUAUAUAUAUAUAUAUAUUUGAACCCUUUCAAUGUCCCAGUACUAGCGAGUGUACUAACUCGCACUAAUAAAGCCAUUCUCGCAAUAGCUUCAUUUACCUCUUCAUUACUUGCUGUUAUUUUCACAAAGGAUGGGGGGUGAAGAAAGCCCGCAUUUCGCCUGCCCACAUUCAAACAAAACAGGAUCCCUUCCUACAGUUAAAUAAUCAAUAUUAUAUCAUAUCACAAAAAAAAAAGCAUUUUAGGAUUUCUGAAAUGUCAACAGGAUUGCCUGAAAUUAGGAACAGGGUUCCAAGUGAACUGCAUUUUAUAGGCUGGGAGGUUAAAAGGUCACCACAACAGUUCUAUAGAAAAGUAAUCUAAAGUUCUAGAAUGGAACUGGGUAUUUUUUUUUUUUUUUUUUUUUUUUUUGCAGUUUGCUUGUUAGUUUUCUUUGGAAUGUGCCGUUUCUGCUUCAGGAACAUCGGCAAAGUGAUCCACAGUUUAGGGGAGUUUAAAAGCAGCCCAGAUCCAACAGGAAUGCCAAGUAGUGUGCACAGUACUGAAGUUUAAAACAAAAUGUCUUUUAGAAAUACAAAAAAAUGUGAUCUCGUUUGUGAGGAAUGCCACAACCACCACCAAGCCUACACCUGUUCCACACUCAAGAAAUAUUUAGCGUUACCCAUGGCCUCAAAGACAGUUAUUGCCAGCGCUACAAAAGCGUAUUUAUUUGUUGUUACUGUAGCAACUUUGAUUUUUUUUCUGAUCUGUUUGAGAGUUUAAAUUAAUCAGAGAGACCCGUGUGGUGCAUAGAACAUUACCCUUUAUUGAGAAGGUGGGGGCAGUGUGUCAGCAUGCAUGCUGAAACGUGAACAAGGUUAGGUUUAUUCCAUGCUGAAAACCAGGACAAUGCUCAUAUAUAUUAAAGUUCUAAUCUAUUUUUCGGUGCAGAAUAAAUACGCGACCUCUUUGUUAAACUUGUACUAAUCUAAAAACCAUCAAUGCUGGAUAAUAAAGUUUUCAUAAAAAUAAUGAGUAAAACCUAACCUUGUCCCACUUUUAUUGGACCUGCAAAAAGUCUUGGGGAGUCCCCACCCGAGCUUUCAGACAAGUAUCUUCCAGGAGGGGGUCAAUGUUACGAACCAGCGCAAGCAUGGAAUCACUUCAAUAGAUUACUUUCUAUAGUCUGCUCAACAUCGACUGACCCACACCUGGAGGUGACCAGUGCGCCAGGGGAAGGGCGUGUCCAUUUCAAAAGCAGGCAGGUCAGCUUUCAAGAAGUAAAGGGUUAAAAAUCCUUUGGCUGCAUUCCGUCAUCCUGUUCGGUGAACAGCAACAGCGCUCCCCUGUGGACACAGCUUGGUAGUGCAUGAUCCUACUGCUCAAAACGAGCACCCUAUAUUUAAGUGCUCGGUAUAUGAACUUCGCAUUUAAACACUGUUACCGCGGUGUCUCGCCACGCACGUCCAAGCAAAGUUCAGCCAAGCGUCUCCCAAGAUAACGGCUGCAACAGCUCAGUCAAUCAGGUGGCAGUUUCAUUACCGAUAGGUCAGAGUGACCUACAUUCAUUCACAGGAUGUGGACUAGGUUGUUGUGACAUCCCAUGCAAAGUUUAAUCAAAUUUGGUUGACAUAUAACCUUCAUUUGCCCAACACAAUUAGAGGCUUUAACACAUGCAAGCAGGUCACCUAGAUUCUAACACCCUCAAGAGCUCUUCCUACAGAACCUACCUACCAAGUUUUACAACACGUUUAAUGAGUUUUGUUUGGUUUUCUUCAGUUUUUCUUUUAAAGCUAAAAAUGCAUGUGUGAUACACAGACAGACAGACCGGUGCCUCCACUAUACCCUUGUCACAAGAAGGGGGCACCUCAGCUUUACACAAAGGAUAAAUAUAUUUCACUAACGUUUGAAGAAAAUCCAUUCAACCAGCUGCAAGUCACAGGAUUUCACAUUAUUAAUAAGAAAAGAAAAAUGACAAACUCACACAAAAAAAAUAAAAAUAAAAAACAACCAACCAGCGCACCUUUGAGGGGUAUGUCACACAGGACAGAGAGCCAUCCAGAGAGUUCAGAGAUAAUGUUGCCACUUGGGGGGAGGGGGGGGGGGGGGUACACCAACAACGCCCCGUUUAAUAAGUUUAGUGCAGCGCACUCUGCAGUCCCAGAGUUUAAUGCAACUCACUGUGACGCGGCAGACAAAGAAAACCGGACCACUCCAUACACACCCCUCACAGGGAGGCUCGAUCUUUCAAUUCAUUCAAAUCAACUUCUGAUCAUCAGAAUAUUGAAUAACUAAAAAAAAAAAAAAAAAAAACACUAUUUACAGGUAUGGAAACACGACUCCCAUUGCACAGCAGUUUGACCCAUUCCAGGUUUUACUACGAGCUGGAUUAGCUCCAGCAUGCUGGUAACAACCUCAGCUGUGUCUUAUUAAACUCCCUGGUAAAACCAGGAAUGGAUCAAACCUCUACGGAAAUUGGGAGCCUUGCUUUCCAUCCCGGAUUUAAAAUAAGUAACAAGGUUUAACAUUUCACAAGAGCCACUGACUUAGCGAGAGCAAAUAGAAAGUUCUCUACAGACUACAGUAAAAUCGCACCUGCAGCCAGUUCUGAUUACACCUAACAUUUCCCCAGGGUUAUCUGCUCAGUCCCGUUACCUCUAUUUUUUCAUUGCUUUUUAUAAAUAUAAAGAUGUGUUGAGUUUCUUCCUCCUAAAACAAACUAGCAGUUGUACAGCUCCACAGAGGCUGCCAGAUUAACGCGCUUGAGUUACAUUUUCUCAGCAGCUAUGUUUACAUGCAGGCAGGAUUCAGUUUCUUCGAAAUACUAAACUGGGGAUCCGAAAUUCAAUAUUCACAGAGCACAAGCGCCUCCAUGCACGAGUCCCAGCAGCACUUAGGAGCGGGUGAUGGCUUGCAACAUGUAUUCUGCCUCUCAGGUAGAACCCACAUUAGGAACACCGAUCCAGGAUGACACCUGCAUAUAAACGUAGUGAGAGACAAUCCUCCCAAGGCAUUUCCCUCGCCCCCAUGUGUGAUCAGUCAGUAUGUACACAUGCAGACUUAUUUCUUUCUGUACUAAGGAAUGUGAUAUAGAUCCCUCGGUGUGACCGGAUCUCCAUUGAGAUCACUCCCUGUCUCUCUCUCUGUGUCAGUCACUUGAGGGCCAGAUCUCAAUUAAGACCAUGCGUGUCCCUUUGUUGGUUGUAACAAAAGGAUUCUGCUGUAUUUAGAAUGUACAGCAUGCAGAAUUCUGGCUAGUUUGGAAUAACACAGCUGCGAUUGCUGCACUGCAUUCCAGGCACACGAUGCUGCCAGUGCUGGACUGAACCAGCACAUCCCAGGUGGACUUGGGGUUUGUUCAAAUCUGGCUCCAGAAACCAUUACUGUCAGACCUCUUGGCGCUCAGAAUUGUGCAAGGAGCAUCUGAACUCGGAAUGGAAUUGGAAUGCAGAAUUGUGACGACAGCGAAGUGCAGUCGGAAUAGUGUUUGCAUGUAAACACACAGACUGAGCAGGUUAUUUUGUUACAUUAGGUUUGGAAUAUGCCAGGUGCUUGGACAAUUGUAUGUAUUUUUAAACAGCGCAGCUAUUUGUGUUUCCCAUCAGCCAGAUGGUAAUCUACCUUCCAGACCCCUCUUCACUCUACUGGUGGAAAAUCCCAGCCCGGGUUGGCUUUAUUACAAGGUCUGAAAUGUUUAAAAUUUCACUUUGCUAGUGAACAGCUUAUGCGUGGAAUAUCUCCUACAAUUCAGAAUAUGCUUAGUGCAUGUAAACGGGUAAUCAGGAUUGAGGAUUUCUGCCACAUGCCAGCAAUGCAUUGAGAACGCUGCAGCAUUCCGAUUGGUCUGUGCGUGUAAGUGCAGUGAAAACCAGGUGCAGGGGGGACGGGACGGGACACUUUGGAAGGGACCGCAUUCACAGAGGCAGCAAGUUAAGCAGCUCGAGCAUGUCCAUCAUCCAAGUCUCCACGCAGAACGACGGUUUAAAAUAAAUAUUCACGACAGGACAUUUCUCAGCAGGCAUACUUUGAGAAUGCAGGAGCAAAAAUAAAAUUAAAAUAAAACGGGAGCAGAAAGAAAGAAAGAAAAUAAACGAGAGGUGAAUGGCCCCGAAACACGAGAACUAGAGAGAUUGGGGGGGGGGGGGGGGGGGGGGGGGGAGAUACCUCCACUCCGACCGGGUGUGUUCUUUUAUUACUUUUAGCGUUUGUGUGCGUUUGCUUUUCCUUAAAUCCAUUUCGCAGCACCUCGUUUCCUGCGACGCCGGAAGUGUUUCUUCUUCACGUUUUCAAGAAGCAAAUAAAAUCACCACAAGUAGGCAGUAAUCCGUGAAGUAGCAGUAGCAGUACGUCAGCAGCCGUCGUGCCUGGACACGUGUGUAGGAC